AUGGACGCGCCCACGGUUUGCCUCGCGUCAUUCUCUUUCGCUCAGGAGACGUCGAAAAUUUUGCUCAUCGAACGAAAUCAUCCAAGAGGCAUGUGGUUGCCAUCUUGUACCAAUCUUUCAAGGGUCAUAGGCCGUUGUCUUCUGUUAGGUUCUGAUCGACGGCAAGAGCUCGAGCAAUGGCGUGUCGCGGGAGGUGCCGACUUGGGACAAUGUGUAGAAAAUGUCAUGCGACAAGCAGAAUUCGACAUCAACAGUGGCCAAGAGGUGACCGUUGAAGAGAUAGACCUGGCAUUGAACAAGAUUGCCUCGCGAUGCAGGUUCUCCGGUUCUCGAGUGCGAAGACAACAUAGUGCGGUCGAUGUCGAGGACACGCUGAGACCAUUGUAUCGGCGCAUGAGCAGUAGAGACGCAAAAUGGCUUACUCGAAUGAUACUAAAGAGUUAUCAUCCAGUCGUGCUUCCCGCCAAGCUCACGAUGAAAAGCUUCCAUUUCCUGCUUCCACAUUUGCUGCUUUUCCAGGAUUCUUUUGAUUCUGCUUUAAAAAUGCUGGCUUCCGAACCCCUUUGCCACUACCCACCGAACCCGAUUCCAGAGCUCGCGAAAGAUCUGUGUAUCCAGGCCUUACAGCAUCUUAAACCCAGGAUUGGGAUCAAGAUAGGGCGGCCCGAAUACCAUAAGGCGCGCAGUAUCAAACAUUGCUGCCAAAUGAUCGGCCGUCGUCGAAUGAGUGUAGAAAGGAAGUACGAUGGCGAAUACUGCCAGAUACACAUUGACCUCACGAAGCGCCCCAAUCCCAUCCAAAUAUUCUCCAAAAGCGGCAAGGAUUCCACCGACGACCGCGCGGGAAUCCACGCUGUGGUUAAGGACUCCCUGAGCAUCGGUAAAUCCGAGUGCAAAUUCUCUCGCCAGUGCAUCCUCGAAGGUGAACUAGUUGUCUGGAACGACAAUCACGGCAGGAUUGCAGAUUUUCACAAGUUGCGCAAAUUCAUUGCUCGCUCAGGCACCUAUAUUGGAAUAGACAAUGAUUCCCCGCCGCAACCUUACGAGCAUUUAAUGAUUGUGUUCUUCGACAUUCUGCUUCUCGAUGACGACAUCUGCCUUAGGAAGCCACAUCGUGAGCGGCGGCUGCUUCUAAAGAAUGUUGUAAAAGUAAUAGAUGGAUAUGCGGACAUCGCAGAGCAACAUAUUGUCGAAUUUUCCCACCCCAGCGGUCGAUCUCGCCUCGAAACAAUAUUCUCGAAGGCCGUUACGGAAAGAUGGGAAGGACUCGUCCUAAAAGGUUGUGAAGAUCCCUACGUUUCAAUAUUUCCUGGUUCUGAGAACGGCUCCGGUGGUCGCUGGAUCAAGCUCAAGAAGGACUAUAUACCAGGGUUGGGUGACACCGUGGACCUGACAUUAAUCGGCGCUAGAUAUGACUCUCGUGAUGCUGCUGCAUUGUAUUCAUCCACGAAGAUAUUUUGGACACAUUUUUACAUCGGCUGUCUGGUCAACAAAGACGCGGUCUUACAGUCCGCAGCUGAGCCAAGGUUUCUCGUUAUGGAUGUCAUUGACUGUAACUCCAUGAGCCUGAAAAAUAUGCAAAUUCUCAAUCAGUUUGGGCAGUUCGGUGCCUGCGGUCUGGAUUCAGGCCAUGGGUUCCGGAUAGAGUUUGGAAAGGAUAGUCUCUCCGACAUGAAUACCGUGUUCAAGAAACCGUUCGUGGUCGAGAUGUUGGGAGGUGGAUUUGAGAAACCAUCAGGCGCCAGAUACUUUACACUUCGAUUUCCUCGAAUUCAAAAGAUUUUCCUGGACAGGUCAUUUGAAGAGGCAGCCUCGUACCAAGAACUCCAACUAUCAGCUGAAGAAGCUCGGAUGGUACCAGCCGAAGACUUGCAUCAUGAGGAAGAGUGGAGAAGACAGCUCCAGCAAGGACAGGUGUCAUCGUACUAUAUCGUGACCAAGUCACAGACGACAUCCUCCGGGACAAGCUCGUGUCCGAUGACAGCAUCUAGCCCGAGCAAGGGACCAUCGUCCGAAGCUAUCGCCACGACUGUUAUACGAACCCAACCGCAACAUUUAUCGGGGGAUUCGAUUCAGCAAUGGAAUCGCGUCAACGACGAGCGUGUCCCAGCAGAUGCUAUUUCCAUUUUCGUGGAUGAUUCUAUGGCAACAGUAUCGUCACCGGAAUCAUCCGAGCCGCCUCGAAAGCUUCUGAGAAGCAAUGACAAUCUGUCAUCAAUUCAAGGAAGUAGUAAAAAACGAAACCAGGAGUCUUCCUCCAACCCGUCCAAAGGUAACAGUGCUAGUUAUGGCGAGGAGAAUGGAACAACGUUUCCAUCGAAUGACUCAAAUGCAUCAAUCGAGUUGGAAGCCUGCAUAACUUUACCUUUGCAACCAAGAAAGCGUCGAAGACUCACCGAGAAUCAUGCUUCUAAUGUUGCUCCUGUCGUUCCUAGCUCCUGUAGCAACCAACCUCGAUGUGUCAAGGCACCACUGACAAUGAUUCCUUUAUACUUCCGUCAGGACCUGGAUCGUGGUGACUCUACCAACACCUUAAUCCCUCCCAACUCAUCGAAUCUCGCUGGGGAUUUACAGACCUUCUUACAGAACCAACAAUAUCCCAAGACUCUCUCGGGAGACUUCUUCUCGAAGUCAGCCAACAGGUCUCAACAGCCCUCAAAUCCAACAGACAUAAAACUCCACGAAGCGGCAAGAUUUUCAUCCUUGAUGCCAAAUUCCUCGCUCUCAAGGCAAGACUAG